CAGCCCUUGGAUCCCGCCCUCGCCCCUGGCCCAGGACGGCUUCCUCCUUCCAGGGAAGACAAGUCCACGACUGACCUGGUGGCCAAAAUGUUAUUCCUGAACGAGCUGGUGUCCCUGGAGAACGACGUCUUUGAGACCAAGAAGAAGAGGAGUUUCGGUGGGUUUGGCUCACCACUUGACAGGCUUUCCAAGGGCCUGAAGACCAAGCAGAGAAAAGCGGUGCAGCUGCCCAAGAAGCGGUUUGGGCUCCCUCUAGACCGGAUCGGAGUGAAUCGCCCGAGCAGCUCCAGAGGGUAG